AUGAUAGUUUUGCCACAUACGCCGCCCAUACCAAUUCAAUUGAAGGAACCGGGGUCUGUUUUACCGAGUCACCUUCUUGCAUUGAGAGCGGCGUUGCACGUGCCGCAAUUAUCAACGUCCAAUGAGUCUAUUAGGUAUGUUGUUAAUCUUGAGGAGUAUCUUGAAGCCAUUGUCGAGCUUACAAGUCAAAAUGAUGCUAAUCGAGCAGUUUUCAGCUCGAAUAUUCCUUGGAACGAUUUAUCCAAGACUGGGUUUAAGCAGUUUUUCAAUACUGUAACGAAAAAAGUAGUUUUGGCAAAAUGGACUCUAGCUAAUGAAUUGAGGAUGACGUUGAUAUCUAUUGGGUUGAUUUAUAUGCGCAUUGCUUCCGAUUUACUCAAUGAAACGAUUAAUAUCGAGUUGGACAUACCAGAGAAAAAGCCACAAGAGUAUAGCGAGAACUGGAAACAAAUUGUUAAUUUGUACAAAAAAUCAAUCUCCUUCUUUAUGUAUGGAGACCUGAUUGAACCAAAUCAAGGUUCAUUGGCAAAGGGUGCGCUUCGUGUAAAUGCCACGUUGUUUUCGUUCUUGAUGAAAAUCAGUGAAAUAUCUAUUCAAAUGUCUAUACUAGCCAAGUUUCUUUGGAUCAAUCGAUUAUCAUUUAACUACAAUGAACAAGUGACAACCGAAAAUAACGUUACUCUAGCCAAAGUAGCCAUUUACUGCAUGAACGAGUUGGAAGUAGUCCAGAAUCUAUUGAAAACUCUUAUCCAAUCGGCAGGUAAGAAAUCAGAAGCCGACACAGAGCUACUUAAUCUAGAUUAUACCGACUGGGAGGAUUACCUAAAGCUCGUUAAAAGAUACGUGAGCGCAUACGCUGGAUUUUUCUUAGCCAUUCAGCAUUAUAGAGAAGAUAAGCUUGGAAAUGCUCUUGGCUUGAUUCAAUUUAGCCUAUUGACAUUACAAAGUAAACAGGAAGUGAAACCUGGUAACGACUCUAUGUUAUCGAGAAAAGUCACAUUGCGAAAACUACGAAAUAAGGUAGCUCAUCGAAAACAUGCGGAUAUCUUGCAAAGUUUGAAUUCAAUCUCAACAUUGGAUUUAAACAAUUCGGCAUUUAAUGACAAAUCCGGAAUUGUGCUCAAUGACUUGACAUAUUUGUAUGAUCAAUUGAUCAAAUUGAAUUUAAAGCUUACUCUGGAGAACGACAACUUGAAAUUUGACAAUAUUGUACAUUGGUCUUCUGUCGGUAAUGACGCAAAGUGGCCGAUUGGUUGUAAGAUACCUGUAUCCAAAAUUGAGCCCUAUAAGCCUAAAAAAGAAGAAGCAAGUACUGCUGCUGCUGCUGCUGCAAGUGAUAAUGACACAUACACAGGUCGUGGUUCCUAUUUCUAA